GUUAGAUGUCAAAAAAAAAAGAAGGCGAAUGUACAUAAAAACAUCAUUGUUGUGGCAGUUGCCAGAGUAUAUCUAACGGAGUGAAAAGUGAGAGUCAAUAAGGAAGAACAAAUUUCUAAAAAAUGCAUUUAUAUUUUUGAAUAAAAAAAAAACACAAAUUUUAUUUAUUAAAACUUUUCAAUUCAUUCAAAAUCUGUUGGUAUAAAUUCUUUCCUAGAGGCAAAGUUGAAAAGUUUACGAUUCGGGCUUAUUUUCAUUUUUUUUUAUGUAACAAUCAAUGGAUUGGGGUAUGGCCAGCUGCCAAAAGUAAUCGAAAGUGCAAAUGUCCUUCGGUAAAGUUUCAAAUGAAGUGUUAAGAACCAUCAAGCAUUUUUGCAAAUAGUUUUUCUUGAUAUUAUGUGAUUUUUUUGUAUCUAUAUCCCCUCUAUGGUUUAUUAGUUUUUUGGUUUUCAUUAUGUUUUUUUUUUGGCAAAUUUUGCAAUCGCAGUCGUUUAGUGCCUUUUUAAUGGAAUUUAUUUGAAAAAAAAAAAAAUAAAUAAAGUGAAAUAAAAGGCAAAAAAAUGCAUAGAUACAACAAGAAAAAAUUCUUCUUCGACCUGCUGCAGCUGAAUGACCUAUUACUUUGAAUUUUGUCACACAAAUCAAAUCCAAAAUUUUUGCCAGAAAACCUCGACUUGUAAAACCACACAAUGGAUGCAUCACCAAUAACAGUAACAAGUGUGGCAGUAAUUGCUAUUUUGGUUUUUAUGGCUGUAUUAGCCUGCCAUUAUUUAAGUCCAAAAACAACAUCAUGGAUUCUGUCCAGCAAAGAAGAGACAAUACGAUUAUCUAAAAAUAAACUUUUCAACGCUAAUGGUUAUCUGAUACACUCAGGUUCAGAUUUUUUGCUUAGCUCCAGUGGUAGCUUUAAAAGAUUCGAUUCCGUAGAUCGUGAUUGCAAAGAUCUUGGUCAAAAUACAACAUCACACAUGCCAUUAUGGAAUAUACCACAAUCAGAUAUUCCCCCACAACCAUUACGACCAGCACCAGCACCGAUACCAUCAAAAAUUAGCGAAGAAGAAUCCGAAGAUUUCGAAAAUGAAUUCAUAACAACUACUGCUUCCAUUAAUCAACAAACUCAUCAUCAGAUUAAACAAUCUGCUACAAUAAAUGCUCUUCCAUCGUCACAAAAUCAUACAUCUUCCAUAGACUCGGCAUCACUUCGACGAAAUCUCUCCACACCAUUGAAUUUUGAAAUAAAAACGGCCACAACAACUGCAACUGCCAUACCAAGGCCAACUAUUAAACGAAUUGGCACAGCUCCAAAUGGUCAAUUAAUAAAUCUUUCCGAAGCCGCUUUCAAAAUUCAACAAAAAGGCGAAGAAAUGUUGCGUUCGAAAAGCAGCACCAAUCCAUUUUUAAAUCAAACCAAUAAUCAAACGAAAUUCGCUCCAAGUCCGCCAACAACCCCAUUGACAACAAUCAAUGAGCUCUGUCAACUAAGUCCGACCGAAAAACCUUUGGAAAUGAAAAUUCCAAUUACAACCGAUGACAAUAUUAAUAAAAAUCCAUUUACAACUGUUGAACUAACAGCUGAAGAAGAGAUAAUAAGCCUUCCAGAUGCGGCAUCUGUCACUAUCCAGGCCGUCAACAAUGAUGCAGCAGCACCAAAAGAGAAAUUUAUGAAUGCUAUUUAUGAUUUUAUAAACCAAAUGCCUGCCAGUCAGCAUAUGUCACUGCCUUCAAACUAUCAAUUCAAUAACUCGGAAACAGUAACGGCUCCAGCGACAGCCCCUGUAACUGAAGAUUCUGGUAGGAAAGCCUUCUUCCAAUUCAGAAAUAGAUCGUUCUCAGAAACUGAAGCAACCGAAAUCGAUUUGAAACAGUUCUGUAGUAACAGUAAUCCGUUUAAACGCAAAGGAAGUGUUGAGAUUCAGAAGACCACUUCGGAGGAACUUCUUUCAUCAAGAAAUGGUAAUGUUCCUCCAUUUCGUCGUCAAUCUUCGGUGGGUUUUGGAAUUGGUCGACGUAAUAGCUCUCAAACUUCAUUGGACAGUGACAAAGGCUCUAUGGACAGCAUAAUAUUGCAGAGAGCUAUUUCUUGUGAUUCAGUCAAUUCAGAGUCUUCCGUACUGCUGGCGGAUCUAGAACAGCCUACACCUGAAAUCACAGGGAAUUUGUGUGUGGGACUGCAUUGUGAUAAAAAUACCAUUACAAAUCAAAGUGUAGAUAUUGUUGUUAAUGUCAUGGAAGUUAAAGAAAUAGCUGGAUAUACAAAUCUAGAACCUUUUGAUACAUUUGUGCGAAUUUAUUUAGUACCGGACCAAGCAAAUGCUGUUCAAACGAAGGUUAUAAGAGAUUGUCUAACACCAAGCUUUAAUGAAACAUUUACUUUUCAAAUGAAAAGACGACAAGGACGACAUUCAUUAUGGUUUCAUCUUUAUCACUGUGGCAAUGUUCAUACCUUAAUUGGUGAAUCUGAAUUGGAAAUUGAUGAAAUUGUUCGCCCAAUGACAACGUGGCUACCAUUAUCAGAUACACGAAAACAAAAAGCCAAAUGGGGUGAAUUGAUGUUUUCAUUAAGUUAUUUGCCAACAGCUGAACGCCUUACCGUUGUGGUUGUGAAAGCACGAAAUUUAAAAUGCAAUGAACAACUUGAAUCUGGCAAUGAUAUUCAAGGAAUUUUUAUUAAGGCCUAUCUAUUAAAGGACGAUAAAAAAGUUUUCAAAAAGAAAACCUCACUAAAACGGAAAGAACAUCGAUGUCCAAUAUUCAAUGAAUCAAUGAUAUUCAGUAUUCCCCCAUAUGCACUUAAUACAGUUCAUAUCCGGUUGACGGUAAUGUGUUCCACAGGUACCGAAGUAGUGCCUUUGGGUCAUGUUAUUGUUGGUAGCACUACAACGGGCAAAGGAUUAAGACAUUGGCAUCAAAUGUUAUCGAGUCUUAGAAAACCCGUAGCAAUGUGGCAUAUUUUACGAUAUGCAUCAACAAAUGACAGAAUUAAUGACAAAAAGAGAAUUUUCAUUGAACGAUAAGUAUUAUAUACCUACCCGCAUUAUAUACCCCUAAAAUACAAAAUGGCUUUAUUCUUUUCUAUAUAUCAGUAUGUAACUUAACCCCAAUAUUGAAAUUGAAUAUAGUAUAUAAAAAUAUUUUAUUUAACCUAAAUUUUGGGGUGUAGUUAACACCGUCAUCAACAACAAAACAAAAAAUCAAAAAUCUAACAAAAAAAAAAAAACAAAAUCAAUUUAUAAUAAUUUUUCAUACAUUUUUCUAAUGCCGACUACCAGUUCCGAGAACUUUAUAUAGAAAUACGAAAGAAAUUAAUAAAAAGAAAAUUAAAGAGAUAAAAUUUAAUUAUUAUUAAUUACGAAAGUACCAAACAAGUUAAACUUAAAAGUGAUGAAUUCUUGCUUUAAUAUAGAAAAAAAAAAGAAUAUAAAUUAUAUAAAAUUAUAAAUCUAAAGUUAUGUUAUGUAAUUUUAAAGUAUUUAGUAAAAUUUACUCUUUUAUUUAACUUUGUGUUAAAUUUAUUUGUGAGAUUAGCUAAUCGAGAUAUAGUUUGUGUGACAGUAAGCGAAGCGAUAUUUGGGGCGAAAAUAUCUUUAAAAUUAAAAAUCUUCAAGAAAAGAACGUCUGAUUUAAAAGUUCUAUUAAAUUUUAAAUUCUUAAGACUAAUGACAUUUGAAAACAGAUUUCUCAGUAUUAUUUCGAGACCUUAAAACUAGAUUUUGUACAACGCUUAUAACACUUGUACACGAAAACUUAUUACAGUCGUGUUUUCAUCCAAUAACAGGAAGUUUAAAAGUUCGAGAUGACAAAAUAGAUUAGUGAGUAUUAGUAUCGGCUAGUAAUUAGUUAAGGAUACAGAGGAGCUUUGGAUGCAGUAUGAAUUUCUAGAAAACACCAAUCUAUCAAAAAGAUCGGUAGGCUUUUUAUAACAUCUUCAGUCACUUUGAACAUAUGUAGUUUCACCAAAGGUGUAACGUUACCAUAACUUCAGUUAUUUUUAGACAUUCGUCGAGUUUAAUUAACUUCUUUUUAUGUACAUCCUUUCUGUUCGUACAUCCUGUAUCGAAUAAAGCUUGAUACACUUAUUCGAACUGCGCAAAGUAUUGAAACUUGUCAGUGAAAAAAAUUUGACUGACAAGUUUAGAUUACAGUAACUUCAAAUGCGUAGAGAAGUAAAUCUUUAUUUAAAAAAAUGUUUCCUUUGCAUAAGAUACCAGAUCUACCAUUUAACCAAGCGUCAAAAUUCUACGGUAUUCAGGACUCCAAGAAGAAAACUCAUCGAACAUGAACGGAUACCACGCACCUGAGUAGAAAAUCUAAAAAUAUCGAUUAUUUCCUUUGUUUGCACUGACCUAAAUUAAAAAUUUCUACAAUAGCGACAAGAUGAUCGGUCAGUCAGUGAGUGAGUGCAUGAGUGAGCCAAUUACGGUUUUUGUGGUUUUUGGAGCCUUAUAUCUCAGAAACUACUCAUUCUGAAAUUUUGUGAGAAGUUUUUUUUUUUUUUACUAGCUCAGCAUUUCUGUGAUCUUUGGUGAUCACGGCUAAUAUUUUAGGAUUUCUGAAUUAUUUUGAUCAAAAACAACAUUUUCCCAGAUUCAAUAAAGCCUAGCUAUCUGUUUUUGGGGUCGAUAGUCUACUAGGCAAAAGCACUUGCCACUCAAAGCCCAGUGGCUUGCCGAAAAACUUUCGAUCAAAAGAUCCGUUCGGCAUUUAUUGGCGGAAGUAUCAGUCAGCAAAAAGCAGUGGACGCUAAUUUUGCAAGAACUUCUCACUUAAUGACAUUUUCUCAUUAGUAUUGGGGGAAAAGCAUGUCGGCGACCAGGGCCUAGUGGCUUGCAUUUCGAAAUCAUUCAUUCUUGCAUGCGUAUUUGCACUACUCACCGUGUUAUGACGAGAAAAACACUCUUGAGGGCCUUGUCACUUUCUCACAAAAUAAAAUGUAGAAUUGGCUGGAUCAGAAUCCAGAUUUAACAACCUUCCUACUUAAGAUGACGUUUAAAAUGUAGGAUGGAACUCAGCCUCAAGCCAGCUGCCUUCCAGCUUCGCACAGAGUUAACCCUCUGCGUUUUACAUUUUAUCUUCAGUUCAGUGUGCGUUUUUUUUUUUUAAAGACAUGCUUUGAAACUGUAUUAAAAAAAAAGGUUGAGGUUGUAAAGCUUUCUUAAGAGAAAGCAGCUCUUUAUGAAGUUUCAUAGGUCAACCUUUUAUAUUGACCGGCAGUGUAUCUCUAGUACCUACCGCUUAAUUCUGUAUGACACUAUGUUUUACAGAUAUUUUAAAAAGCAAUCAUCAGAUUGAUGAAAUAGCUAGUUGCAUUCCGAGGAGACUUCAAUCAUUCGUACAUUUGAAUCUAAUUUCGAAGCGUCUAAAACAGAUACACUUUCAUUACCCGCACUACACGAAUGUGGAACUUAUUAUCUAACUAUAAAGUCUAGAUAUUUUUCCUCACAAGCAAAUUUAACAGUUUUAAAAUUUUAUAAAUUCAUUUUUUGGACCAAAGCUCUUGACUAUCUCAUAACCAAAAAAAAAAAAGAUAAAACUAAAAUUAAAACAAAAAAAAAACAAGCGUUCACCCUAAAAGUAUGUAUCACCUAAUACCUAAAACAUUUAAUAAAAUUAUUAUUAAAUUUUUCAUCAAAACUAAAUUCAUUCUAUCAACAACCAAGAAAAAAAAAACAAUAUUUCACAACCAACUACAAUAUACAUACCUACUUACUCUUACUUAAUCACAUUUUUUAUACCUUCUAACGAGUGAAAAGAAUACAAAAAAAAAUAAGAUACACAAUUAAUUACAUACAUAACAAAAAUAUUAUCAAAAGAAAACAAAAAAAAAAAAAUAAUUAAA